AUGGACAGUCUUCCGGUGCAUCGUCUCUUCUCCGUCCAGCUGAGGCUGUGCCAUCGCAGCUUUCUUCUCUUCCUUGCCUUCGUCUGCCUGCCUCUGCCGCCCGACGGGCUCGCCAGCCCAUCCGACUCCCGCAACGCCGUCUCCACGCUCCCGUUUCCAUCGCAACUGUCACCCGGCAACCGGAUUGGCCAUUCAGGUGAGUCCGAUGUCUCCGGUCUGGGCGUCAGCCGAGCCCACCAGACAAACGGUCCACGAGCCCUGUUGCCGGCCCAGUCGUCCGAGUCGACCGGUCCCGGGGAGCCGUCGCAUCUGCCCGCCUCGGCGUUCGGCGGACUCGGACUCGCGCUCGGCUCGCAGAGUCGCAUCAGCCUGGGCGUGCUCUCCAAGGCACAGACCAGCUCAUUGGCCUCACUGUCCCCACCCUCCGGUCCAUCUUCAUCAUCGUUGUCGUCGUCGUCGUCGUCAUCGUCGUCGUCGUCGCUUUCAGGCGCCUCUUCAUCGUCCAGCUUUUCUGCUCAGGCGCGAGCUUCGUCUUCCACAGGCCUCGGUUCGAGUGCGUCAAGGCCGGGACUCGCCGAUUCCACGGUCGACGCCAUGUCGAGAUCGUCGGAUCCCGGCGAGGAGGUGUGGCCACCGAGUCGACGGAGUCAAGACUACGCCAAAGUGAAUGUCAACAUCCUCGGCCAGCCGAUCGACGUGAGCAUCGUCAACCAUCUACAGCCGGACGUGUCGAGUGGGAAAGCGCGCAAACUGCGCAAGAUAUUGGCCGGCAGUCUGGACCGUGACUGGAUGUCGGAGGAGCCGCCGCGAGUGUUGCGUCAACGCGGCACCGGAGCCGCCAGUUCGGCGUUGAGUUUGGCCGAGCGUGACGCCAAACUGGUGCUGGAGGCACGAGGCCUCAACAUCACUUUGCAAUUGUCCGAGGCACAGACGAGCCUCUUCCGCAACUGGCUCGUCGAGUUGGCCACCUGCGAGAUGGACUUCGUCUGGGAGGAUUUGGGCCCGCUGUUCUGGCCGCGUUGGAUCCGCCGCGGCGUCUGCCUCAACCGACAGGAUCGCUCCUGUUCUUGGCCGCCCGGAAUGCAAUGUCGACCGUCGGGCUCGCGAGGUCUCCAGCUGCUGCAUUGGCGCUGCGAGAACGCCGCUCAGGCGCAGUCACGCAAGCGCGCCGCGACACAACGUCUUCGCAAACGGACCGACUUCACCGGCCUGCACAGCUCGAGUCCCGCCGGUCUGACGGCCGGCGAGACGGGUCGGUCGGUCGGACCGCUCGUCGGCCAGACUUGGGCCGGCGGGAACAACGUCUUCCGCUCCAGCUUCUACGACCUCACGCCGGCCGGACACGAUGACGCCAUCCAACUGAAACUACUCACGCCGCACUCGUCCGCGGGCCGCCGCAUCGCCUCGGCCACGAGUUCCGCCGGCUCCGGCGGGCUCGUGCGCUCGAGCCCGCGCGGCUGGAUGAGCCCCGGCCAGACGGGCCGGCAAGCGGAGUCGCGAGCUCAAAUGUUCCCCGACAACUCGAGCCAUCCGGGCGCCGCGGGACUCAUAUGGUGGCAGGACGCCGCCGGCUAUCCGUACACCUGGCAACAGGACUCUGGCGAGACUCGAACCCCCAACCUAUCGCGGGCGACGGGCGCGACGGUCGCCGCCUACCAGCAUCCGCAAUACCAGCGUCUGAGGCAUCGAGAUUCGUCGCCAAGCCUCGGAUUGGGGCUCUACUCCGCGCCCGGCAACGGCGUCGAUGAGACCGGCCUCGGGCUGUCCGGCCUGCACGACGAGAUCGACGGCCACGUCGAGGAGGACGGGCUGACGCGUCGACGUCUGCCACGCGAGGAGCGUCGCAGACGACGAACUCGACGUCUCAUCAAACAGCUUAGCCUCAAAGCCAACGGCUACCACUGUUACUGGCAGGUACAGAAGUAUUUGAUCAGUGACAAGUGCACGUGUUCCUGUUCCUAA